AUGCUUCUAGAAAACGCCACGCCUAAGCACCACGAGGCAUUAUAUGGAUGCCACCUCGACCCAUUAAUCACGUGUCCUCACAAAAUUCUUUCCCAGUCAAUCUCUUUUCUACGACACCUUGUACUUUUUUUUAUCUUAUUUUCAAGUGUCUCCCUUGCUAAUCGAUCAAACAAAGAAACCAGAGACCGCCAGCCAAAAAAAAAAAAAAAAGAGCAAAGAUGCAGUACAACAACAGCACCAAGAUCGUAUUUGGCUCUGUAUGCAGCCCAAAAGGAGGGUCUCUUUCGAAGAAUUGCCUCGGGAGCAGCCAUUAAGGGAAGAACGGCUGACCCUACAAUUCACUCCGGAGAACUCGAAGCCGGACCUGAUGUUCACAGGGGUGAACCUCAAGGCAUAGAAAACUCCUUAGAUGACAAUAAAUUUAACGAGUUUCGAACAGAAGCAGAACCCAAACCCGGUUAUGAAACGGAAUCACUAAUGCAACCAAAAAUGCCACAUGACUCUUCUCUAAGGCUCAAGAGUUCCCAAGUGAACCAUCCUUUGGAACCCAUUGUACAACAAAGCCGUACGGUUAGUACUGCAGUCCUGGAAACUGUGUGCUUUGCCGGGCUUGACGGUACGCCCUGGCCAGAAAGCAAAGAGAAGGAGCAAAGCGACAUGAAAGAGAAAGCUAUGGAUAACAAGGAAUACUACGGGCACCACAAGGCGUCCCCUUUGUCAGAGAUUAAAGUGGCAGAUACAAGAAAGCCAAUCACAAGAGCCACUGACGGGACAGUAACAGAAGUAGUGCAAAAUGAAAAAGAUGGGAUUGGGUGGAGGCCGGAGGAGCUUGACACGGCUGAAGAGGCGCUUUCGAGGGCUACAAAGAUUUGGAAGGAGAAUGCGAUGCGUGGGAUUCCUGAGGCUCCCCAUUCUCGGAUUCUGAGAGAGCUGCACGGUGAAUGGUUUUGAUUGCAAUUGGAAUUAAGAGUGAAUCCUUUGUAUUAGUGUAUAUAAAGCCAAAUAAAUGAAGCUUAUGAGCGUUGUCCAAAAACACAAAAUAGUAUACGCUACUAGUCCUUUUUCGUAUUUAAGCCAAACAAAUGAAACUUAAUGCAAUUACUC